AGAGAUCCCGGUAAUGUGAGUUGGAUUGAAUAGAUCAAAUUUGAUUUCUAUAGAAUAUUUAGUUUAAUUCUAUAAAAACAUCAGAACAGAACCCAAGGGAUAUUUUGUUUCCUCAUUUUAUUGGAUGCAUCAUUCCAUGAUUUCAUCUCUAAGAAAAGGGCACCGCCACCAAGCGUGUAGAGAUUUAUUUACAUUAUAUAAUAAUAAUAAUAAAAUAAGGUGUCCGGACCGGCCCUUUCAGCGCUUUUGUCCAUUUCCCAUCUCCUUUUCUCAUCAUCCCCUGUACCUUAGAAAGGAGAAAAAGAAUUCUAAAGACCCAAGCUUCCUUUCCUUCCUCUCUUCUUCUCUUGUGAGCCUCCCGGAAGAGAUAGAGGAGGAAGCCAUCUAUUCGUCCCAUCUCGAAGAAACGAAGAGAAGAUGUCUUCUCCGAGCAAGCGCCGCGAGAUGGACCUGAUGAAACUGAUGAUGAGUGAUUACAAGGUGGAGAUGGUGAACGAUGGGAUGCAAGAAUUCUAUGUCGAUUUCCAUGGCCCGAAUGACAGUCUUUAUCAAGGGGGCGUGUGGAGGGUCAGGGUGGAAUUGCCUGAUGCUUAUCCUUACAAAUCGCCAUCAAUUGGUUUCGUUAAUAAGAUGUAUCAUCCAAAUGUUGAUGAAAUGUCUGGUUCAGUCUGUUUGGACGUCAUCAACCAGACCUGGAGUCCCAUGUUUGAUCUUGUUAAUGUUUUCGAAGUAUUCCUUCCACAACUUCUAUUGUAUCCUAAUCCUUCUGACCCAUUGAAUGGGGAGGCUGCAGCAUUGAUGAUGCGUGAUCGACCUGCAUAUGAACAAAAAGUAAAAGAAUAUUGUCAAAGGUAUGCGAAGCCUGAGGACAUCGGUGCUCCACCGGAAGACAAAUCAAGUGAUGAAGAGCUGACCGAAGAUGAAUAUGACUCCAGUGACGAGGCGGUAGUUGGCAAUCCAGAUCCGUAGCAGCAAGCUUAUUUGGUUGCCUGAUCCCCUUGUACAUGUUUCAGUUUCUCACAAAUUAAACUGAAUUCUCUGUCAGCUUCCUGUGUCAUUGUAAAUAAGUUUACUGAUGUUAAUGUUAUUUAUAAAUAUUGGGUGAUUGAACUGUUCAACCAGUGAAGUAUACAAGAAAUGUUUCAUUUUACAAAA